AUGGCAUCUUCAUCAUCUUCUCCUUCGGCUCUGGUCUAUUCUUCUCAGGUGUGGAAGUAUCAUGUUUUUAUUAGUUUUAGAGGAGAAGAUACUCGUAAGACUUUUGUGGAUCAUCUCUACAUAGCUCUCGUAGAAAAGGGGAUCUACACUUACAAGGACGAUGAAACACUUUCUCCGGAUGAAUUAAUUGGUGCAUCUCUUAUGAAGGCCAUCGAAGAAUCACAAAUCGCCGUCAUUGUAUUCUCUAAAAACUAUGCAGAUUCUUCAUGGUGCUUAAAUGAGCUUGCAUGUAUUAUGAAAUGCAGGCAAAUGAAAGGCCAGAUUGUUAUGCCCAUAUUUUAUGAUGUUAAUCCCUCUGAAGUACGAAAACAAAAACGAAAAUAUGAAGAAGCAUUUGCCAACCACGAGUUAGAGAACAAGAAGAAAAUUAAAUCUUGGAGACAAGCAUUUCUAAAUGACCCUUGGGGAUGGCUCUCUGCACCACGAGAACAAAUAUGGAAAGUCCAAGAAGCCUUGGCCAAGCAUGAGCUGGAGAACAAGACCAAGAUUGAUUCUUGGAGAAGAGCACUUGUGGAUGCAAGUAACAUUUCUGGAUGGGAACCCCAACACAUUGCCAAUGGGCAUGAGUCAAACUCCAUUAAAAAUAUUGUUGACACAAUUUCACGCAGGUUGCAUCCAAUAAAUUCAAGUGUGGAUGAAGUCUAG